AUGGACCGCGCCGAGAUCAGGCACGAGACCAAGAGCCGGGCAAGGCCGGAGGGGUGCAAGAUGGUAACUGGAGAAAAGACGCCUUGGUAUGUGCUCUGGGGCGCCACAACAGCAAGGCUCGAAAUGGAUCAAAGGAUAUUCCACAAUGGCCCGUUCGAGAGGCCGGGGCGGAGCAUUAGAUUGUUUUCCGGAGUGACAUUAGCAUCCAUUGGGUGCGUGCAGGGCAAGCAAGAAAGCAGCAAUGCAACACCCGAGUACGGCUUGCAUCUCUGCCUAAAAAUUGGUUGCUCAAACCACCAGGUAGACAAUUGGAAGCCUAGCCUAGUGUAG